CUUACCCGAGCUGGAUGGAAAUCGUUCUCUUCCAGGUGGAAUUGGAUGUAUAAAGGAGACGCUCCCUUGUUUCAAGCCAACUGGUUUGUGAAUUCGUCUCUUAGGAAGGAGCUCGGCUCACACGAACCAGUUGUCUUGAACAGAUUCAUUCAUUUCAGUUCCUGGGAGCCCCGUUACCCGGGUCUUGGGUUGGUGCUGCCGUCACAGGAGCUCUGGUCCCGGGUCCCGCCGCGUCCCUGCACCCUCUGCCCCCACUAGCACUAGCAGGGAGGGCAGAGCCGCCCGUGGAUUCUAGGAAAGGUGGAGCCAGCCGCGCAGGUCGAAGGAGCCUGGACUCCGUCAGAAGGCACGUCCCUGCCGGUCCCCCUGCUCACGUCUGCAGCCGCUGAAGACCCGCAUGGCGAGCCGCCGAGACGUCCCCGCGCCGCGUCCUGGGUGAGGCCUGGCGGCCCCGCCUCCGCGCGGCUCCGGAAGCGGCGGCCCGCGCGCCCGGCUCCACGCGCGCCCAGCGCCUGUCGGUGCUUCCGCCGGUCCCGGCGGCGAUGGCGGCGGGGCGUGCGCGGCCCGUGAGGGUGCUGGUGGACAUGGACGGCGUGCUGGCCGACUUCGAGGCCGGCCUCCUGCGGGGCUUCCGCCGCCGGUUCCCCGGGGAGCCGCACGUGCCGCUGGAGGAGCGCCGCGGCUUCCUCGCCCGCGAGCAGUACCGAGCCCUGCGGCCGGACCUGGCGGACAAAGUGGCCAGUGUGUAUGAAGCCCCGGGCUUUUUCCUAGACCUGGAGCCCAUCCCCGGAGCCUUGGAAGCCAUGCGGGAGAUGAACGCCAUGCAGGACACCGAGGUCUUCAUUUGCAGCAGCCCUCUGAUGAAGUAUGAACACUGUGUGGGCGAGAAGUAUCGCUGGGUGGAGAAGCACCUGGGGCCCCAGUUUGUAGAGCGCAUUAUCCUGACGAGGGACAAGACGGUGGUCUUAGGGGACCUGCUCAUUGAUGACAAGGACACCAUUCGAGGCCAAGAGGAGACCCCAAGCUGGGAGCACAUCUUAUUCACCUGCUGCCACAACCAGCACCUGGCCCUGCCCCCCACAAGGAGACGGCUGCUCUCCUGGAGUGACAACUGGAGGGAGAUCAUAGGCAGCAAGCGGGGAGCUGUGCAGCAGGACGGACGGACCUAGGGCUGCUGCAGGAGUAGGCCAAGGGACCAGGGCCGUGGACAGUAGCUGAAGGAAGGGAAGGCAGGCCAGCAGGGAACCCCAACAUAGCUGAGUGACAGGGCAUCACUGUGGCAGUGACCUCUGGCACCAGGGAGAUGCAGUAAUCUCUGCUCUCACAGGCCAGCCACCUGGCAGCUCCAGAGAUGGCUGGCAUGGAAACAAGGGAAAUCAGUCAGGAACCUUUUAAUAAAACACUCUGGCUCA